AUGGUUUCAGGGUGGUGCCCAUGCGUGCCUCUCGGGCGUCGGGAGCCAUCGCGCCCACACCCAACAAAUUCAGGCGGCCCUUACACUGUCAGUGCUGCAACGGAUCACGCUGAAAUGGUCCAAAUGUUUUAUUAUGAAAAUCGUGGCAAAUGUUGUAGGAAAUUACUUAGAUACAAUGGAUACCCUAAUAAGGUUCUCUUGUUUCCUGAAGAAGGCUGGGCAAGAAGUGCAAGUAGUUCUUAUUGGACAUUGACACCUUUUUGGUGGAGCCGAAGUCGAUGUAAAGUCGUGGAAGUUGCAGGAACAAGAAGAUACACAACUCAAGCGAAGAUGGUUGAUACGGGGACAGGAACGCUCUAUAUCAUUGGAUCAUUUAAGCGACAGACUGUUGAUCCGGAUUUCAAGUUGUACCUGACAUCAAAUGUAACAUCAAGUGACUUUAACAUGGGCUACAGCAUGACCGGGACUUUAGAACGUGGCUGUAAAAAAACGAACUCAUUUCAAAUGACACAUUUUGCCGUGAUACGACGACGAGAUUAUGAAAAAGCUUACGAAGAUCCAAAUCCCACCUAGUGCUCGUCACCACCCACACACUCGGAGUGUGGGGAUUAUGAACAUUAUACGUAAACUGCCAAGUGUCAUUAAUUAAAAGUAUAAAAAAAAAUAUAUAAUGCGACAAAAGUAUCGAAAGUAGAACCAAAAAUAUUGCAAAAAAUUUGCAUCAAGUGUCUUUUACCGCUAUUAUUUAGAUAAUACAGAAAAAAAAGAAUAACAAAAAAAUGACAAUUCUGUUUUUUAUGUAACGGAAUAUUAUUUUUGUC